AUGACGUCCCCAUUCCGGAACCAGGGCCAGGCGAAAUCUUGCUCAAACUGGAAUGCACAGGUCUAUGGUAUAUCUUCCCAUUCACUCCGCGCAGUCCUAGGCUGGGGCGCCUACAACCCCAUAAUCGGCCACGAAGGCGUCGGAACAGUCGCAAAACUCGGCCAAAAUGUCUCAAACACAUCCAUUGGUCAGCGCGUCGGACUCAAAUGGCUCUACAACGCCUGCACAGAAUGCAACACCUGCAAAUGCGGCUUCAAACACUACUGCCCCAACCAGCAAAACACAAGCCGACACGUUCCCGGCACAUUGCAACAAUAUGCCCUCGCCGACGCAAACUUCAUUACGCCUAUCCCAAACGGCCUCUCCUCUGAGAUCGCCGCACCCCUGCUUUGCGCCGGACUUACAAUGUCCGGCGCCCUGUCUCAUCUAGAAACCUCGCUCGCACCGGGUGACUGGGUUGUGAUAUCCGGUUCUGGAGGCGGCCUCGGACACGUGGGCGUUCAAAUGGCCGCACGUCUAAACAAAUAUCGCGUCAUUGCAAUUGACAGCGGCGAAGAGAAGAAGGAAAUAAGUCUCUCCUCCGGCGCGGAGGUAUUUAUCGAUUUCAAGACGGAGAAUGUGGCCAAGCGUGUGGCGGAGAUUACGGGCGAAGGUGCCCACGCGACGAUAGUUGUACCCGGUACGAAGGAGGCGUUUGAAAUGGCACCAGCUGUAGUGCGAAACUUGGGUAUUAUUGUUAAUGUUGGGUUGCCGAGGAAUGAUAUUGAGAUUCCGAUUUCUGCAACCAUUUGCGCGGCUAGAGGUUCCUCGGUUGGAACGGAGGAGCAGAUGGCGGAGCUUUUGCAGUAUGCAUUACAAGGUGUGAUUACGCCUGCUAUUGAGGUGUUUGAGUUUUCUGAGGUGCCUAGGUUGAUUCAGGCCCUUAUUGAUGAUGGUAUUAAGGGGAGGGCUGUCGUUACUAUCCCCUAUGAUACUUAG